AUGUCUGAUGACCGUACUGAUUCUGAAUCUACAUCCAAUACUACUACUAAUAAUAAUAAUAAAUCCCGUUCUCUGUUGCGCCAUGUACGUGCACCAUUUGUUGGUAAAAAUUGUAACCGACAUCGAACAGAUACAACAGACGAGUCUUCAUCAGUGGCAUUAAUUCAUGAAAAAAAUCAAUUAUUUGAUAAUACUAAUAUCGAACAACUUUCAUCAACAUAUCAUUUGAAAGAAAGUUUAAGAACUAAGACACCAAUUUCAUUAUCACAUCGUUUAUCUUUAUUCAAUCAAAUUAAAUCACAUAUUAUUGGAUCUCCUAAAUAUCGUCGAUCUAUCUCAUCAAUAUGGAAUGAUAAUAAUAAACAUUUAUCAUUACCAUCUGUUAUUUCUAUUACAGAGGCAAAAUCAUCGUCUACAAAUGAAGGUAAUCAAAAUUCAGUAAAAAAUGAAAUUGAUUCAUCUUCACAAUUAUCUCCGAUUGUUAAUACAAGUAUUCAAAAUGGUUCUGAAACAACGAUGAUAUUAAAUGACUCCUUAAGUAUGGUUAUUGAGGAUGAACGAGAAAAAAAUCAAACACCAAUAAAUGGACUUAAUCGAAAAUUAAGUUCAAGUCGAGUGAGUUUAAAUAAGUUAAAAGAAGAAAUAAGUCAACGUGCACGCACUGUGAUGACUAUAUCACCAUCACUUACAUCAAUUUUAACAAAUGCAUCAUCAGGCAAUAAUAAUAAUAAUGAUAAUACUAUUGAACAAGUUUAUUGGACUGAAAUUAGUAUUGAAAGUGCAAAAGAUUUAGCUGCUAAAGAUAUGAAUGGUUCAAGUGAUCCAUAUGUAAAAGUUUUAUAUGGUACAGAAGAAAAAUAUGAAACAAAUAUUGUAUUAAACAAUUUAAAUCCAGUAUGGAAUGAAAAAUUUACAUUUUUUGUACAUGAUAUAAAUAUUCCAAUCUAUUUUAAUAUAUUUGAUCAUGAUCGUAUUGGACGUGAUGAACCAAUGGGUAUAACAAAAAUUGAUUUAUCUAAAUUACCAUUAGAUAUUUUAUAUGCUGCAACACUUGAAUUAGAAGAUGAACGAAGAAAUGAUGGAAAAACUGGUGUACUUAAAAUUAGUAUUACAAUAACACCAAAAUCAAUUGAAUUUCGUGAUGAAGUUCUUCGUACAUUGUCAAAACAAUCACAACAACGAUCACAAAUUCGUAGUCGUUCAAGAUCAAAUAAUGCAGUUAUACAAGCUCGACGUACAAUUGAUGUCUUUAUAAUUCAAGGAAGAAAAUUAAAGUCAACCGAUGUUAAUAAACCUUGUAGUCCUUAUAUUAAACUUAAAUUUGAUAACGAUAAAAAAUGUCGAACACAAACAAUAAAAUCGAAUUGUAAUCCUGAAUGGCAUCAAUCAUUUAUGUAUGAAACAUAUCUUAGUGAACUUCCUCCAUUAGAAUUAAGUGUUUUUGAUGAUACUAAUACUUCAGGAGAGUUUAUUGGCCGAGCAAUUUGUAAUUUAGCUCAUUUAGAUGAAGAGCGAACACAUCUAAUACCAGUUGAUCUUGAAGAUGGUGCUGGUAUAAUUGAUUUAUUUGUAACAAUAACAAGAACAACAGCAUUACAAGAAGCCACUAGUGAUGGUGAUAAUUCAUCUAAUAUUGCUCUUGAUUGUAUUCCACCUAAAUUAUCUGAGGAAGAUGUUGAAAAAUAUAGUUUUUUUUCUACGCUUCGAUCAAUAGCUUCAAUACUUGAUGUUGGUAAACUUGAAAUCAAAAUUUAUCAAGCCCGUGAUCUUAGUUCAAAAGAUAUAAAUGGUAAAUCAGAUCCAUUUUGUCUUGUUGAACUUGAUUCAAAUCGUUUACGCACACAUACUUUGUAUAAAACACUUGAUCCUGUUUGGAAUAAAUCAUUUAUUAUACCUGUACAAGAUAUUCAUUCUAUACUUCAAUUAACAAUUUAUGAUGAAGAUACAAAUAAAAAUACUGAAUUUAUUGGAAAAGUUGCAAUACCAUUAUUAGCUAUAAAAAAUGGUGAAAAGAAAUGGAUAGCAUUAAAAGAUCGAAAAAGUAUGCUACCUGUUAAAGGUGCUAUUGAAAUAGAAGCAACACUUGUUUAUACAAAUCUUAAAGCAGUGAUUCGAACAUUUAAUCCAAGACAAAAAUCAUAUUAUCAAAUCGAUGAAAAAUUCAGUGUUGGUGCGAUAAAACAACAUGUAACACGUAUUCAAAAUAUGCUCAAAGGUAUAGUUAAUCUAGUGAAAUUUAUUGAUGAUUGUUUUCAAUGGGAAAAUCCAUGGUUGAGUUUUGCAGUUUUUAUGGCCACACUUGUUAUUGUUUGGAAUUUUGAAUUAUAUAUGUUACCUUGUGUACUUUUGUUAUUUUUGGCGCGAAAUGCAGUUAAAGAAUAUCGUCGAGGUCGUUUUGGAAAACCAUAUGCUACGUUAGGUAACGAAACAGUAUCAGUCCUUGUACAACCAGCUCCUGUAGAUGAAGAAAUCUUGGAUGGUGAUGUUAAUACAAAAGAACAAAAGAAAUCAUUUUUGAGUGUUAUACAAAGUAUUCAAGAAACAGUUCUUGAAAUACAAGGUUAUGUAGAUAUGGUUGCUUCAACAUUAGAACGGAUUAAAAAUUUAUUUAAUUUUACUGUUCCUUGGUUAUCCAUUCUCUUUUUUAUUAUACUUAUACUUGGUGGAGUAAUACUCUAUUAUAUUCCACUUCGAUAUUUAAUUCUUGCAUUUGUUAUUAACAAAUUUACAAAACGAUUUCGCAAACCUAAAGGUUAUAUUGAUAAUAAUGAAGCAGCUGAUUUUAUAUCCCGAUUACCUUCUGAUAUUGAAUUAAUGCGAUAUCGAGAACUUAAAAUUCUUACUCCAUCAUCAACACAAAAAAAGAAUAAAGGAUCGACUACAAAUAACAAAUAA